AACACCCGGCUUUUCAAUUUUCAAUCAAGAGAGCAAAAAAGCACCACAUCACAAUAUCACAUCACUCAUCUCUCAUAGGUCAUCACCAAAGAAUUAUUGAGAUUACAUAGUGCAAACAAGUUAAAAUUUGUUGAAAAUCGCUUUAUGAAAUCACUAUCAGUUAAUCUUUUUGUGGCUCUGCGUUCGUAUCAUAAAAUAAACAAAAUUUCUCUGUAUAAUUUUUCAUUUUUUCCAAAUAAUAAGCGAUUUUUCACAAUGAAUGAGGUUCUGACCCCAAGAGAUUCCGGCGAAUUUAUUGCCUCGAAGGCAUCACAUGUCAAAAUUAUUCCUGAUGGAAUACAGAAACUGGCAUCUGCCGUGGAAGAAGCGCUUGAAGCAGGCUCCAUUUCCAUUCGAGGGUUUGCUGAGAGCCCAGUGCACCCUAAGCCUAACGAUCCUGAGUGCCUGGAUGCCCUAUUGGUCAUGGACGCCCUGAAUUUCAGUUUCUGGACGCCAGACAAUCAGCCAAAGUGGACUGUGGUUUAUGAUGAUGUUCCCUACACAGGCUACUUUGCACUCUGCGCUGCCCUCGUCAGGGCCAAAAAGGAAGGUGUUGAUGUCUGGCGACCUGAGGUCUACUCGAAGCUGACCGAGCAGCAGUUAAAGGAAAUUCUCCGUUCGAGUACAACGACAGAGGUGCCAUUGAUUAAAGAAAGAUGCCAAUGUCUUCAAGAGGUUGGAAAUGUACUGACGACCAAAUUUAGCGGCUCCUUUUCCAACCUAAUCAAACAAGCUGAGGAAUCGGCUGUUAAUUUGCUCAACCUGAUCGUCUCUUCCUUUCCCUGCUUCAGGGACGAAGCGACUUACAAAGGUCAAAAAGUGGCCAUUUACAAACGAGCCCAGAUUUUGGUGGCCGACGUGUGGUCUUGUUUUGAAGGUCAAGGGCAAGGUCGGUUGAAGGACAUUGACCAGAUCACCAUGUUUGCUGAUUAUAGAGUCCCGCAGAUGCUGGUAUACUACGGGUGCCUCGAGUAUUCACCGCAGUUGCAAGAAAAGAUUGCAAAAGGUGUGGAUUUGCCACCUGGAAGUGAAGAAGAAGUAGAAAUCCGAGGUUGUUCGAUUGCGGUUGUCGAUCGUGCCUAUCAACUAUUGGUGACCUCGGAGAGGACACACAACCGGAUGGUGAAUCCAGUGCUAAUUGAUCAGUGGCUUUGGACUGAGCGGCGCCGAAUUGCUGAUGCAGUUGAACAUCUUGGGUACCACAAAACACGAACCAUCUUCUACUGAAUAAUUAAAUUUUCAAUUAAAGUGGCAAAAUUUUAGUAUUAUAAAACAAAA